UUGUCUGCUUGAUUUGCUCAGUUGGUUUUCGUUUUACAAUUUGAAUUUUACGCAUGCAGUGUCGUAAUUAACUUCUAAAAUAGUUUUAUGGAUUUAGAAUUUUGAUCGAAAUAAUUUCAUCAUGUCGUCUGCUGACAGAAAAUGGCCCUUAUUAAGCAUUGUUUCACUAGGAAUCGGAAUCAGUACUAUUUUCAUAGCUGGGAGGUCAUUAGCUCGUGCUGCUUUACGUUGGCAAUUUUCAAAAAAAUCCGAUGCUAUUCAAACAAGGUUAAAAGAAAAAUUAGAGAAUCCACUUGCGGCAACAACUAUCGUUACCCGCAUAUCAGAAUGGGAUGAAGUUUACUCUGUGCUUUUAAAAGACUGUUCGGAAGUCCCAAUUCUAGGGUUCGACUGUGAAUGGUCAAACGUUGAUGGCAACACUCAACCUAUUGCCCUAAUUCAGUUGGCUUCUCAUCAAGGUGUUUGUGCCCUUGUAAGAGUUUGCUGUCUUUCCACACUUCCUGAAUCUCUAAAAAAUAUUCUGACCAAUCCCAAAAUUUUGAAAGUAGGAGUUGCAACUUGGGAAGAUGCAUCAAAAUUGAAAAGAGAUUUAGGCAUACAAUUCUGCGGAGGAUAUGAUGUAAGACACUUGAUUUUUAGACAUCCUAAGAGAGUGUCACUACUCUCUAAAUCUGGCCUUUCAGGCUUGUCCGAACAGUUGUUAGGUACAGUGCUAAAUAAGCAUUUUUCAGUAAGAUGCAGUGACUGGGAAGCGGAAAAUCUGUCAACUAUUCAAGUAAAAUAUGCGGCUCAGGAUGCCAUAGCUUCAAUUGCCAUAUGCUUAAAGUUGGUGGCCGAAACAAGAGCUCCUGAUCUAAGCAAUGUGUGGUCGGUUAGUAACAUGCACGAAUUUUACACUUUAUGGGCCACAAAAGUUGCCGUACCUGAUGUAAAAUUUCGAUUGCCUUCAACUAAUAAAAAUGUGGGAUCCUUCAUGAAUAGCAAUUCGAAAGAAAAAAAGUUUGUAUCAACAAAACCAAAUAAUUCUAGAGCCUAUUCAGCAAGAAAGAGUGCUCUUUAUGAUAACUGCAUUUUGCAAGCCCCUGAUGGACAGCAACUCUGCACUUGUGAUUACAAGAAAGCCAUGUGGUACUUUGCGAAAGGUCGGGGAGAAGUGGUUUGCGAAAAUCCGAUGACGGUCCGUUUGAAUUUUGAACCGUCCGGGCGACCAUCUUCAGAAUAUGAUCGUUAUUACUUGACGGAUAAAGUCAAUAAGUGUGUUGUGUGUGGUCAGUCUGAAUCCUUCCUUAGGAAAAACAUUGUUCCUCACGAAUAUAGAAAGCACUUCCCAGAACAUUUGAAAGAUCAUAAAAGUCACGAUAUUUUAUUGCUUUGCAUCGAAUGCCACACAAUUUGCAACAGCCAUGAGAACGCAGUCAAGAAUGAGCUGUCGAUAAAGUGUAAUGCUCCAAUUGGCACCGAACGAGACGUUAAGUCUAAAUUAGACAGAAAAUUAAGUGGUGUCCAGAAAGCAGCAAAUGCGCUCAUUUUCAACCGCCAAGCAAUACCAUCUAAUCGAAUAUCGGAGCUAGAAGAAAUUAUCAAGAAUUAUUACGAAGUAGAAGUUGUUACGCCAGAAAUUCUGGAAAUGGCUAAAAACCUUGAAACUCAUAUUCCUAAUUCCGACUACGUUCCCCAUGGAUUGAAAGUGGUUCGCUUUUUUGAAGAGGAACAGACAGGUGGACUGUUGGCUCUGGAACGCCUUUGGAGGGAACAUUUUUUGGAAACAAUGCGCCCUCAGCAUCUUCCUGCCUUGUGGUCAGUUGAGCAUCACAGAAAGCCAGAAGAAAAAUGGGGUCAUAAUGAAAGUGUAAGUGCAAACACAUAAGGCGGUGGAUCCCAAUACAUUUGCAUCGUAUUGUGUGAA